AUGCCUUGCUUUAAGGGCAUCGCCGUCAGCGUUCAUGCCGAAGGCGCUCCGCUCCCAGAGUUCUCGGUGCAGAAGCAGUCCAGAGUAUCGCGCGUCAAUACAUAUAUCCCAGUACCAAAGGCGAAGAUACCUCAAGAUGCGUCCUCCGAUAAGCCCGAGCCGUCCAAGUUCGCCAUUUCCAUCACGCUUUUAACGCCUGGCCUACCAGUCCCUUACUCCACACCCAAACCGACACCCGAUACCCCCUACCCACAGCCUCAGGUCGUCGCCGGACUGCCUGGCAUAUCGUCCCAGCGUGGCAAUUAUGUCGGCGCAGUUGGCCCUUAUAUACCCAUUACAAAGUCCGAAAAUGAAACGAUUGCUGCCUAUAUCUACUUCGACGGUCGAGCAAAGGAAGAAGUUGCUACCUUACUGCGACCUGGAGAGGAGACUUGGGUGAACUCUCGCUGGGUUCAGGUACCGGAAUCCGAAGGCGGUGGACUUGCUGAAAGGGAGUUCUUGUUUCGCGAAGUUGGACUGGAGAGGUGGUUGAACGGGCUAGACCUGGAUGGGCAGGACGCAGCGGCCAAGAUCGAAAGGCGCAGACAGAAGUUUGAGAAGCGCCGCAGACGGAGAAGACAGGAGAUGAACAGCGAUGAUGACCUGGCAGAUGCGAUGUCUUCGCGUAAAACCUCGGGGCAGCGAGAUGUCUUGAGAUAUGGGGAUAAUGCGACAUCCCCAGUUGAGAGGCUCUCUGAAGAUGACGAUGAUAUGAGCUCUGACUCGGAUGAUGAUGUACCAGAGGCUGCUGGGCAGAUCAAGGUUGCCAUGUUCCGCGUAUUAGCAUCUGGAGAAAUUAAGAGGGGAGAAUACUCUCCGCAAUUUGAUGCCCAUGAUGACGAUGAGGAGGGAUCUACGAAGGAGAAGGAAGGCGAUGGAGCAGAUGUUGAUCAUACCACGAGCUUUGCCAAGCCAAAGACAUUGGACCCGAAAUCCAUCAGUACACAGACUGUUACGGGUAUAGAUGGUCCAGACAAGCCUUUUGCUACGUUUACUUUCUUCUAUAGAGGCGAGCGACAAUUACAAAAAAUGGGUAUCUUAGCAUCGAAGCAGCAAAAGACCACUCCUGGACCCGUCAAGAGACGCUCAACUCAACUCGACUUCUCGAGUAUUGGCCCCUUAAAGUCUGGUGGAACUGUUGGAUUCUCGUCAUUCAGAGAUAAUAAUGGUACUGCCCGGCAAAACAAGUCGAGAAAGAAGAGUAAUGGUAGUGCCACUGGGGCAAUGGCCGAAGAUAGCGAAGAAGAUGACGAUGAUAUCGAUAUUGUAGGGAAUAUAGAAGAAGUAGACGACAAGGAGGUGAAGACAAUGUUGAGCCCCGAAGAUGCCAAGUAUCAAGGAGAAAUAGCAGAAGGCGUUGGACGGAUCAAGGUAGGCCCCUCCUUUCUCACUAUCAUUGAUAUCGGCUUACUCUAUGGACAGCUUAAACGCCAACACUCCGCUGAGCCGCUGAAUUUAAAUUCCCGCAGAUCACCAGGAUCUAUGGGCACACCUUCCGCCACCGCGACACCUCCAGCAGAGCCAGAAGCAAACCAAACUCCAGGCCCAUCUCUUUCGAGUAGUGUUUUUGGAGCAAACCUCCCCGACGAUAGUGUCGUUGGAAGCCCGCUCAAGAAGCACAGAGCUAGUGUAGGCGGCAUUGACAGCGAUCUACUGCAAAAGCGCUUGGGCAUGGGAUUCGGAAGCGGAAGAGACGUUGUAGCAGCGGCAGAAGCAGCUCAUGCGCCUCUCCCAGCGCCUGCAAUGGCGGCGGAUGAGGACGAGGAGCUAUGA